AUGAUGGUCAUGAAUUGCGACGAUCCUGCCUUUUUCUCUGCAGUUUUUUGUGUUGAUUCACAAUUAACAUCUCAUCUUCGAGCAGCUUCUGUCGGUGAAGAGAACGAGUUCAUUCGUGGAGCAAAUGAAGGCAGUGAAGACACUUCCGAACUACGAGUGAUGCUGUCGAGAACAAAGGAAGAAAGUCCUCCAAGUCGUCGAGAGGGUGCUGGUUCAAGGAGGAUCUUCCGGACGACGAGGUGGAGGACCAAACUAUCCACCACGGUGUUCACUCAAGUGGUGCAUGAGUGGUACCAGCUUUAUGGCAGUGCGCGGCGUGUUCUUUUGUCUCCCGAGAUUACAUUUGAAGACACCAGCACGUCGUCCUUCAUCUCGGCACCAGCAUCGUCAAAUAACGCAUCAUCUCCAUCAAUUAGUACCCUUGAGGAGUUGUUGAAAUUUCGAAAAACUGCCAAGGACGACUGCAUGGAAGGGUUUAUUAUUACAUUUGAGAGCGGGAGAAUGGCGAAACUGAAGACAGAGAAGUAUUUGCAUUGCCAUUCUUACCGCACUGCAAGAGCUGGAAACCUGUUCAGCGCUCUGAAUAUCUUGAAAGCGAAAUUGAGUGGAUCCUUGGACGACUUAGUGGCUGAGGCCGCACUUCGAGACUCAACAGGGCAGAAAAAGAUGAUGGCGGAUGACGACGAGGGGGGCAGUCGUGGCGAUGAACAAGUCGUAGGGGAUGACGGGGAAGUGAUGUUGGCGUAGAGCAGGAGGUAUUAAAGCUUCUUACUCGAGGUUGGCAUCAAAUUUCUCUCACCAGUCUCAACCGAAGGUGGCUACAACCUGGAUAAGAAGAAGAUAGCGGCUGAGUACAAGUCUCACACGGAGUUUCGAAUGCUGAUAGUACUAUUCUGCAGCUUGGUGGAAAGGGAGUGCAAGUAUUUGAAUGAAAAGUGGAGUGAUGUGGGGAUGGCGGAGAGACAUGGAGUCCUGGAGCAAAAGGCAGACGAUUACGUAACAAGUCAGCUAAUGGGACGAAAGUGGAAUCAGGAAAACAAAAACCUGACUGGAGAACAGGCAGUGCAGAAGUUCUUCGAGGACCUGAGGCAAAAGUACAACGCGAUAUGAGUAGACCCGCACUUCUGAUUUUAUGACUUCCACAAAUCCAGGCAUCUCCCAGACCCAGUUCCAUAAGUAGAACUGUAUCUUCUAUUUAAUUCCAAAGACGACCCAGUUGUACAGGGAAGAUCCCAGGGCCGCGAUUUCGAAUUCAAAACACGAGGUCAAGUGCACAGUCGAUUGCAUCACGAUCGCGAUACGAAUUUCAAUUUGAACAUCCCACUCCUUAUGACUAAAAAUCUUCAUACCCUGGCAAACAUACAAAAAGGAACUGAUCAUGAAAGAACUGUAACUGUUGCGGCCAGGUGGAGAUAUAUGUGGAAAGGAGAUACCAUAAUUAUCUACGUUAUAAAUCAAAACUAAAUUGGAGACCUAUAAAAACAAAGAUGAAGGGCUUUAAGCCUGAGGUAUAUUCAUUAAAGAACAACAACAAAAGCCAACUAAUUUGUCUUCUUAUUUUUACCCUGUGCUGGUGCAGAUUAGCGCUACUAGUAAGUCAGUCACAGGACAGGGGC